CUCGGAAGUAGCAUAAUCAUGAAAAGACCAUAGAGCUGAAACAGAAAGGAAGUUCGAGAUAAUUCACGUGUCUGGAGAGAGGUGGAAAUGUCGGCUUCCCUGCUAAGAAAGGGACUGGAACUACUGGAGACGGCGGGAGUGUCCGACUCCUCCUCUCAAAGAUCAGGGACCGCCGCCCGACCCAAUAAUCUGUUGAAAAAGAAGAAAAACAAGCGUUCAAGGUCCAAAAGAGACAAGGCCACAAUCAAAGGAAGAAUUAUCAAAUCUGCAUUAGAGGAAUAUCAGAAACAUCAAGCAGCUGACCACUUUAAGAAGAACAUGCAGUAUAUGAUGGGUACUCAUUUUGUGGCAGACAGUACAAUUACUGAAAAGAUUUUAACCCAAAAUAGAGGGAGGAAAGCUAAAGACCACCCUGUAGAAAAAGUGAAGAAGAAGAAGCCAGAAGGAACUGUCUUCACGGAGAAAGACUUCCAGAGAUUUGAGAGAGAGUAUUUUGGAAGAGUUGGAACAAUUUGACAAAAAUAACCUGUCCAUCAUUGCUAAAAAUAUCAGCAUCAGUGAGCAAAUGCUUGCCAGUAUUAUUGUGGUUGGGAAUUACGUCUAUUAUAAGAUUACAGUAUUUCUACAUAUGAUCUGCUCAGUUGUUGCACUUCAUAUGGAAUGACGGUUUGUGCCCAGAGUGGAGAAUCCAGAUCUUUGAUGCUGAGUUUGGACAUAUGACUCUCAAGAUUAUCUUUUGACUCUUUGCUAGAAAAAAUAUCUACCUUGAACCAGACAAAACAAUCUUUUGCCACAUUUGUUAGGAGUAAAUUAAGUUUAAAAAGUUAUUUCUAUACAUAUGGAACAGAGAAUUUGGAUUUCAUAUUGCAAUAUCAGAGCUGAAAGUAUGUGCUUUAUUGUACAAAGUUUUGCUGCAACAAACUAACAAUUAUACUUCUGAGUAGUAAUGUGAAAACUUGAUUUAAUUCAUAACCAAAUAUUUUUAGGUCAUUUACAACGUAUAAACAAUCAGUUAUAGGCAUUUGAAGUGCUUCCACAAAGAUAUCAGAGUUAUUUUUGCUAUACUUAAGAUGCAAGUAUAAUAAGUCACUUUUUUGUGAUACCUUUUAGGAAAAGGAUACCCCUGCAACACUCUUAUCUUCUCAAAAUGUAGUUUGUAUAAUUUCCUACCAUAUUGUUAGUUACUGUACAAGUGUUUUUGAGUUUAUUCAAUGUAUCACUUGUCAUUUCUUUAAUAAAUGUAAAAAACUUUUAUAGAAAUAUAAUGACCAAUUACACCAGACUGUUCAGGAAAAAAUUGUUUGUGAAGUACCAGAAAUAAAUAACCUAAGAAUAUUAUAUCAUUUUUAGAACCAAGCAGAUAACGAUAAGAAAAAUUAAAAGAAUUCUAUACAGGAACAAGAGUGGGUCAAAGAGAUAAUCAAAUGUUAAUCAGUGGUUGGAAAAUUCAUAUUGAUGCAAUAUUUAUAGUGGUAAAAUUAUGCAUGAUUUCAUAACUGCAGUUACUACAUAAGAACAGUAAUUUGUGCAUUUACUAAAAUCAUGCAAACACACUGAAACAUGAUUUUUUUUCAUCCCUUACUCAUUACUAGCAUUAAGCUAAUUAUAAUAUGUAUCAUCCAUUGUACUUCUUUUUCACUAGUAGGAUGUGGGUAUCAGUUACUUGUUUGCACCACACCUUUAAUAUUUUUACGAAUAAUUCAAGAUGGUGAACAUAUCCACACCUUCCUCCUUCUGUUUUCUCCACUACAAUUGCGUGAUGUAGUCUGGGCUGAGAGAAAGUGGCCAGCCCAAAGUCAUAACUCAGAAUAAAGUCAUGUUUGAAAAUA